AUGUCAAGUUAUUGGUUUAUUGUUUUGUGCUUACUUGUUAUACCCGUUCCAGUUCCAAUCAGAUCCUCAGAGGCCAAGGAUCAGAAACUGAAGAUGCCUCUCAAGGAGGAUGUGUUUGGUCAUGUACAUAGACUAUACAAUGCCUAUCGGGAGCGAAUAAAGGGUGAGGGUGAUGAUGCAGAAGGCGACGUGAAAGUGAAACCGAAGGAUCAAGUACCACUGCAAAGGGACCUGACCUCCGUAACUAGGAAAACAGUGCAACCUGUGGUUAUUGAAAACACCCCCAUAAUCAAAUUCGAUGCCACUGACGACAGGUCCAUGCCACCAGGGAAGUGCCUGGCCCGUCUUCCGAAUCAGAGCAAAGAGGUUCCAAAAGGAAACGGAAAACCUGAGGUUAAGACCCCCGUGUUAGGUAGUAUGAUCCUAGUGAAACUGAAAGUGCCAGAAAAAAUGCUGCAGACAAAACAACCAGAAAAGCCACAGGAUUCCGGGGAGCGGAGAAUUUAUGAACUAAAUCGGAUAUACAACGACUUCCUGAAAGCUUGGCAAAAACCAGUCCCGAGUUUGCCGCCGAAACCGUUGAGCUCUUCGGGAUCUCAGCGAUUGAGUGCCCUAUUCGAAUUGAUGGAUGUGAUUGAGCGGCUCCAGAAAUCCGAUUUGGUCAAAGAAUUGGCCCAGAAGAUCAACCAGGAAAUGGAGCCCAACCUGCAGAACCAAAUCAAGCAGGAUACCCUUCUGGUGACGGAAAGCAGAGCCUCUCUGAAAGCCAUAAAAAAGAACGAUCUCUCGGGACUCUUCGAAAAUGUAGAACCCAGAAGCGCUUCAAUAGCUUUCAAAAAGGUAUUGGAUGAUAUCAACGCCAGAAGAUCUUCCAUAAAAGCUGGUGGACUUUACGAUGAGUACAAGAAGGGCUUCUGCGAGUUAUUCAGUGAUAGUAAGUUUCCCAGGCAAUCGCUCAUAACCAGCGAAGCUGAUAACUUUAUGGACAGCGAAACCAGUCACAAAAUGAACGAAGGUUUUCCCAAUCAGUGUGAUAACUCAAAAGCGUCUUCCUUAAUAAGCAACCAGCCACAAGCUAAGUCCUUUAGCAAGAUAUGUUCUUCAAUCGAAAAUACGAAGCCAAACGCAAACUAUUUAAAGGCACUGGAAACCUUUAUUAAAAUGAACAAGGAGAGCAAUAAAAACGGGGGCUUGAAGCCCUAUUAUUUGCCCAACUCCAAGAAUCGUCAGCUAGUUUGGAAUGAUAUUCCUUUGAUUAAGCCAGGUCUCAGCGAUGUAUCCAGGAAAACUUCGGAGGACAACUCGAAAUAUAAACCUUCGAAAAUGCCUAUAAAAGAAACUGUUCUGACUGAAAAGGAGGACAAUCGAACACUGAGCGCUACGCAGGUUCAAAAACAAGAGCCCAAAAAUCUGGAAUGUGCGACAAAAAUUAGUGUAAGACCAGAGCCUAAAACUCAGGAAUUUGUGCGAAUGCCGGGGACGGAUCCACGGACUUUUAAUCCUUGGCAGGAAGUUUUCUCGGGACAGGAUCCCAAGCAGAUCAUAAGCGGGCUGAAGGCCAUCAAGCAGGCCUCCUUCUUCAACCUGGUGGAUGAGUACCAGAAGCAAAUCGACAACCUCAAUCAGGCUCUGAAGACCAAGCAAAGCUGGUGGAAGGAGGUUUUGGAGAGGAGCAAAAGUCCGGCGAGGGCACCCAUUAAAAGGAAUGUAUUGAUGAGCAAUUCGCCACCUGGGAGCGCUCUGCCAGUGCCUUUUCCCGAGGUGCUGGUCAAUCAGGCACCGACAUUGGGUGGCAAUAAUGUGAUCGACAACAUGGCCUCCCAAAUGAACAUGUCGCCUGUAGAAAUGGCUCAAAGAAUCGUGGGCGCUGGUCAAAACGCGGCAGUGAAUCCAGGGGAUGCGCGAGUCAAAUUCGUACAAACACCCAUGCAAACUGCAAGUCAGAUCGGAAGCAGUUUCAAAAAGGGGCCACAGCUCAUGUGCCAGGUCCCGUGUCAACCGGCGGGGGGUCAGUUCCUUCAGCAACAAGCACCGCAAUUCGACUGUCAGGAGCCAUCAGGAGAGCAGAUGGGCGUGUCCCCGGUUCUAGACAAGAUUCUGCAGCGCUUGGAGACCAUUCAGGCCACCAAGUGCAAUAAGUCUGCGGAGGAGGAGGAGGAGAAGCGGCUGCCCUGCUGCUUUGUCGAUCCGGCAGAUGGUGCCCCCUGUGACCUGAACGGCUCCUGGGAAUCCCUCGUCCUGGGAGUUCGCAUUAAUAUUCGAUCCCCGCCCACAAAUCAAAAUCAAGUGGAGGAAAAGGCCACCUGCUCUCAACACAAAACAAAUCGCGCCUUCAAGAGUAGGUUUCAGCGGACGUGCGUCAAGAUGAACAAGACCCAGUUAAAGGAGAUAGCCGACGCGAAUACCCCCAACUACAAGGGGGUUGCGCUGAACAUCAGUGUCCAGGAGACAGUGCCUCCAAGGUCCCACGAACUGCUUGACAACCUCGCCGACUGGCACUUCUCUGGCCACGCCCUCAUGACCCUCGGCGGACCCCUGUCGCUGUCCUUCCGAAAGAGCAAGUCGAACCUAAUCGGACACUUUGUGGGCUACUGCCGCACCUGCGGCUGUGUGGACACCAUUUUCGGUUCGUGGACCUUCUGCCAGCCGUCGCGGGAUUGUCAGGAUAUAUGCAUGUCGAUUGUGGAUCGGCGGGAUAUGCUCAGGAGAUAUAGCAUGGACGAGCGGCGGAAGAAUCGGUUCAAGGAGCAGCUCUACAUGGGCAGCAAGUUCGCCAAGAUGGAAAGGGAGCGACAGCGCGUCGAAAGUGGUGCUAAGAGUCAAAGCUGUUCUAAAAGUUAAUUUUAACUAUUUUUCAUUAGAUUGUUGCCGAUUUAUUUUGUUACUUUUAUAAUUUUUGUAGACAUUUUGUUGAAUGAAGUGGUUAAUAUUGAC